UUCUUCUUUACGUUCUGUUGUUAUUUUUAUUUUUUAUAUAUAAAAAUGGGUUUCGACCAUUUUAUUUAAUUUAUUUUUAAUUUAUUCACCUGAAAUUUUAAUCAUUUUAUUCAAAUUUUUGUUUAGUUUUAUAAUAUAAUGCUAGAACAACUAAACAAUUCAUUAACUCCAAACCUUCAUGGCGAGAUAACUCUUGAUAAGGUUGCUCAUGUGAAGGACGAGACCGUUAGGUUUCUGGAGAAGCGCAGUUUUGAUUUAGUGUCUUUUACAUACUCUUAUGAGCCAGAAAGAGCACCAGAAAUAAACAAAAUGCUUGAAGAUGAUUUGGAUAAUUUGUUACUGAACUCUCACAGACAGCUGGCCUAUCACCGGCUUUACGGUGAUAAUAAGUCUAACGUCGCGCUGUAUAACUCGAACUUAAGGCGAUUGGAGAUAUUAGCCAGAGAAGUUGAAGCGUGUUAUGACCGAUUUCAAACUGUUAAAAAUAAUAACCCAGAUCCAACAAAAGUUGCAAUUAUACACAUAUUUGGAGUUGAUGACUUAGAGAAGAGGGUACAACAAUCGUUGAACCAGUUAGAAAUAUUAAAGAAAACAUUCGAUAACUUGCAAGAAAAUUGUAAAACUUUACUUGAGAAUUCAUUACACCUAAGAAGAAUGUUGUUGAAUUUACGUAACCAGGGGCAAGUUAUUUUUUACAAGCAAGUUCAAGUCGCCUCUCUUAUUGAUGAGUUCGCAAUGUAUAAAGGAGUUUAUUUGAAGGACCAUGUGGCUGAUAAGGCACACAAGGCCUGUUUAUCGCAGACAGCCUCAGAGUUAUCCGUAGACUCUUGGGCAUUACGUAUUAAAUACUGUAAAGAUACGCUUGAAAAUAUUAAAGCGGAAGCUCAAAAAUCAUACAAUAAUGUUAAUAAUGGCAGAAGUGGUAGAUUAUUGAGUGAAGAACAGGAGAAGAACUUUCAUGAUGCAAUUUCGACGAAUAGUAAACUUAUCCACCAACUUACAAGAGGUGCUACAUACCUUUUGACACAACUGAGUAAUCCGAAUGGACAAUUAUAG